AUAAAGAAACAGCUUAAAUUCUGAAUUCGUCUUCUUUCACACAACCUUUCAUCUCAUAUCUCAAAUUCUGAAUUCACAUCCAUUCAUUCAAUCAAUCAAACAAAUCUCCGAUUCAUUCGAAUCCACGUUCCGAUCGAAUGGAUCAACACCACUUCCUCCACCACCACUACCACCACCCUCAGGACCACCGCACCACCCGCUACGCUUCCCUCAACCCUCAAUCGCAUCACAACCACCACCACCAUAACAACCUCCCACCGCCGCCGCCCGCGCCGCCACCGCCUCUCUCCUACCACCGCAGCCUCCACCCGACUCCCCUGCCGCAACCCUACACCCCUUCCACUCCCCAACCUCAACAACAACAGCAGCAGCAGCAGCAACAAUUCUCUUUCAAUCACCACUCAUCUCUCCCACACCGCACCCUCGAAGACGAUUCACGUUCUCUCCCCUACGACCUCCUCCCUCGCCGGACCACCGCCAUCCCCUGGAACCCUAACCCUAGAACUGACGAUUUCGAUCGCGAAUUCCACCACCACCACCACCGCCCUCCCCCGCCUCCGCCUGCCCCGAUCGAAACCCUCCGCUACGACCCCGGGCGCCGUGACCGCCUCGUGGUGGAUGCCUACGAGCAAAACCCCAGGGAGGCACUCUCUUGGGGCGGCGGUGAAUACCACGCACCUAGCCAGGGCGACGUAGAGCCCCCGCCCUACGUUCGCGUGUACAGCGUGGAAUGUGACGCUGACGUGGCCGGUAGAGGGUCCCGGGUGGAGAGCAAGAGGUGGGUGAUGAGUGAUAGAGAGAGGGAGAGGGAGAGGGGAAGAGAGUUGCACGAUUCUUCUUCUAAUUUAGUUAGCAAGGUUAGUAACACUGACAAAUAUUAUCAUGGUUCUGAUAAUGUGGGUAGGUAUAAUAGAGGGAAUAGUAGAGAGCGUAGUCAUGAAUUCGCACGUACUCCUCCUAAGAAACAGAUGCAGAAGAAAAGCGCGCUUCUUAGGAUUCAGACGGCUAAACCUAAUCAUAGGAACCGUGAGGUUGAGCAGUUACGGUACCCCAGUUAUGGACCUGAAGGUAGCAAUGGCUUUUUCAGGGGUAAGGAACAAUAUUUGGUUCAUGGGGUGAAGGGGGAAGAGAGAGAAGGGAGCCCUGUUGAGAUUGAUAUCUCUUUUGAGUCCAAUUCUCUGGUGGCCAAGGCUAUUGUUGCGCCGCCUUCGAGUUCAGUGUCUGUUCCUGAUUUGAAUGUGACGCCGGUUUUGGAUUCGGAUUUGGGUUCUGGGGAGAAGAAUAAAAGGGUUUUGGGUUCUGGUUUGCAUCAGCCGUAUAGAGUGUCUUCCGUUGUGGUUGUGGAUUUAAAUAGGUCGCCUUGCAAACGUAAUGAUAGGUCUGGUUUGGGGAAGGAGGUUAAAGUGCAGAAGAGUGUUCAGGAUAGUUCUUCUCGGUCUCGUACUAGGGAGGCUGAUGAUUCUCGUGGGCAAAAUGCGGCGCCAAAUUCAGUUAAAGCUGGCAAUGUCUGUUCUGGAAAAUCGACCAUAACGGUUGUCAAGAAGAAGAAAAUUGUUAAGAGAUUGGUGAAGAAAGCUAGUGCAAACUCUAAGACAUCUGUGCCAAAUUCAUUGCAAAAAAGGCUUCCUGGAACUGUGAAAGUCGAGAGUGCUGCACUGAUUUCGUCAACGGCCUCUAUUCCUGAGAAAAUUCAAGCUAAUUCAGAUGACAAAAUCAACAUCGUUGAUGAAGUGCCAGACUGUUUACAUUCUUUGCCAAAGGAAGGUAAUGUAUUGAAAGAAGAUAAAGAGGGAGGUUUACUGCAGCUGAGUUUGGGGCCAGAUUACAAAUCGCAAGAGUGUGACGAAGAUUCUGAUAAUAGGGAACUGUCCAGGUUUGAUAUUGAAAGAGAUGGAAACAUUCCAAAAUUUUCUUCUCUUGCUUCUAGUAGUGAAGAUAAGAAGAGUGAUUCAGAUUGUUUAGAUGUUAAUAAUGAUGUCCUUGAUAAUGGAAAUAUUAUUUUUAUGCAUGAUAAUGCAAAUACUUCCGAUUGUUUAGCUGCAAAUAAUUCUGUUCCAGGUACUAUUUCUGAAGUCAAUCACAUGGAUUAUGAUAAUAAGCAAUUAUGUCAGAAUGAAGGAUCUCUAUCGGUUGGGAAUUAUUCAAAUGUACAAUCCCCACUGAAUAGCAAUCUUGUAGAUGCAGGGGAUGAGAUAUUAAAAACCAGCGAUACUUUUUCAAGUUCAAGAAAAAUUGGGAUUCAAGAUGGUCUAGAUUGCCUACAACAUACCAGUGCACUGAAGCAAGGCUCUGAUAAUGGAUCAUCUAAUUUAGAAGAUUGUAUUAUUGUUCACGGAUCUGGUAUCAUGAAUGAUGCUGGAAACCAAUUGGCCCAUGGUGAUGUCACCAUGCACCCUGAGAAUUGUGAGACAGAAAAAACAUUCCCAAAUUCUAAUAUUUUAGCUGGAUCUGGUGAAGGGAACACAAAGAAGAUAAAAAAGAGAAAAGCUAGAACACAAUUUAAUAUUUUGAGUUCAGAGAUGGAAUCCUUAUCUCCAGAUCAUGUAAAUCCUGAUAACCUUGCAAAUAAUGUGGACGGAGGUACAGUUCUAUUGUCGAAAGAUCCAUCUGCUUCUAAAGUUUUAGAUCAGUCUGUUCAAAACGAUGUUGAGUCAAUAACUAGUUUGGAUGGGGUUACUGCUUUACAUGAGGAAGGGGAGUUUUUAGAGACUCAGUUUUAUGCUGCAAAUAACAACAAUGGUGAUGCAAAUGAGGUUUCACCAUCUUCUAAAAGGAAAAAAGUUACAGCUAACCCAAAUUUUACUCAAUGUCAAUCGCAAAUCAGUGCUGUUAUUGUGGUUACCACCACAUCUGAUGUUGAAGCUCCUGUCAAUCUCAAUGAUAACCAAGAACAUCAGAAAGAAUUUGCGUUGUCAAGCAUGGGUAUGUGUUUACCGACUUCUGUUCAGUCAAUGCCUUCUGUUCAGUCAAUGCCUUAUUCAGAGAGUAUUACUAAAAUGUCUGACAAUAUUUUGAGUGGAGGAUCUUUUGACUCUACUGAUGCAAAUAGGGAAACCAUGAGUUCCGAGUAUUCUGAAUUACAACACUCAGAUAUUGUCUCUUUUUCACCAUGUGAGGACUUAGGAUUUCAAAACAAUCAAUUCUCAACAUUGGAAGGUGAGUGCAUAGAAAACAUUACUCCAGUUGUGCUUGUGAGUAAUACUCAAAUUGAUGUUUUAGGUGUUGGAAAUACAAUGGGAGAAAAGACUGAUUUACAGGCCGUUAAGGAACAUCAUCAAUGUAGAGAAUUUGUGCAAAGGUCACCAAGAGCUGACAUGGAACCUAAUGAUCUCAAUGUUAAGAAUGAUUUGCUUGCGCAGCAGAACCUUAUGUCCUGUCCAACUAGUGGUGAUGAAGUCACUACAAGUAAUUCGAAUGAUGAAUUCACUGUGGAUGCACCUGGUGCAUUGUCAGAUAUAUUUUCUCAAGGGAUGGCAUCUGAAGUAACAGAUAAAAGGAUUUUAGAAUUGACAGCUAUCAAUGAUGAAAAUAUUUGUGGGGUUGAAGAAAAUAUUUCGUCAGUACAUCAGACGAAACUGAAUAGUAGGUCAGAUAGUGCAUUUGGACACAGUAAUAUGAUAACAAAGAAAACAAUUUCAGAACCAUCCCAAGUUUCUUCCAAAGUAACAACUCAGGCUCUAAAUUCAUAUCGUUUUGGGUCGAGUGGGACCAAAAAUCAGUCAGGUAGUGUCAUUCCCAAAACUUUUCCAGGUCAUUCUUUUACCUUUUUGAAGUCUGAGACAAAGACAUCUGCCUCUUCAACUCAUGUGUCAAAGCCUCGAACUUGGCAUCGGAUAGGUAAUAAUCCCCCUAUUUCUCUACCUAGAAUCAAUUCAGUAAGAGCAGUUCCUCCCAAAAGGCCAAUUCUAGAAAGGAAAGGGAACUUUCAAAAUACCUCGUAUGUUCGUAAUGGAAACAGUCUUGUAAGGAAACCUACUCCAGUUCCUGCUUUACCUCAAAUCUCCUCUGUAAAUAAGUCAUCUUCGGGCUUUGGUGAAAUAUCAAAAAGCACUAAAUCUGAAAGCAGGGCUGACGUGACAGAUCAACCAAUGUACCUGAGAGCAGGAGCAAUAUUUUCUCAGCAGAGGCAGAGACAGAGAACACCUCCACUACCAAUUGACACCAAAUCAGAGGAAAAUACAUCUUCCUCAUUGGUAGAACCUCAUUCUGGUGGUUCCUGUGAAAAUGUAUCUGAUCCUAAAACAUUUAUAGAAAUUAAUAAUAAUGCACAGAACUCUUCUGAAGAUGCACUGAAGCAUUGUGAAAUUCCAGAAAACCAACAUGUUCCAUCCGAUAACGGGGAGAGUCAACUUGAAGCAAACGAAGGCAACCCCCUUUCUUUAAAUACGAAGAGAAUAGUAUAUAUAAAGCCCAAAACAAAUCAAUUGGUUGCAACAUCAAAUUCGUGUGAUGUUUCUCUCUCCACUGAUGACAAUGGCCAAACUGCCUUCUCUGAUGGCUACUACAAGAGAAGAAAAAAUCAGUUGGUUAGGACUACAUUUGAAAGCCAUUCCAACCAGACUGCUGCAGUGCCUAAUGGCACAGCAAAUUCUGAUGGACAAGGAACUAGUAAUGCUCUUUGCAAUACGAGGUUUAGUAAGAAGCGGUUACAUAAGGCUGUCAGGAGUUCAUGCAAACGUUCAAGAGCCUCACUAGUGUGGACACUCUGUAGCAAAAAUUCGUCUGAAAAUGACAAGAAUUCACGUCAUAAUCAAAAGGUUUUGCCUCAAUUGUUUCGAUGGAAAAGAGCAACAUUUGCUUCAAGUUUCAAUAGUAGUUCCGUAUCUGCAAUCAGCAAAAAAUUGCUUCAAUUGAGAAAGAGGGAUACUGUUUACACUAGGUCAAAACACGGGUUUUCACUUUGGAAAUCCCGAGUUCUAGGUGUUGGUGGUUGUAGUUUGAAAUGGUCCAAAUCCAUUGAGAAGAACUCAAAGCAAGCUAAUGAGGAAGCUACACUUGCUGUUGCUGCUGUAGAGAGGAAGAAGAGAGAGCAGAAAAAUGUGGUUUGCAUCAGUUCUCAGUCAAAGAGUAGGAAGCAUUCUUUCCAUGAGUUGGUUGAAUUUGCAGGAGAGCGAAUAUUUCGUAUUGGUUCAGUUCGAUACAGAAUGGAUCCCACCAGGAGGACACUCCAGAGGAUUUCAGUUGAUGAAUCCCAGUCCUCGGCGUCUACCAGUUCAGGUUUGGCCUCCAAAAGUGCUUACAUUCCAAGGAGAUUAGUGAUUGGAAACGAUGAAUAUGUACGAAUUGGAAAUGGUAACCAGCUUAUCAGAGACCCAAAGAAACGAACUCGAAAAUUGGCAAAUGAAAAAGUUAGAUGGAGCUUGCACACUGCCAGACAGCGGUUGGCUCGAAAGCAGAAGUAUUGUCAGUUUUUUACCAGAUUCGGGAAAUGUAAAAAGGAUGGAGGGAAGUGUCCUUAUAUUCAUGAUCCUUCAAAAAUUGCUGUCUGUACUAAGUUCCUGAAUGGUUUAUGUUCUACUCCCAACUGCAAAUUAACGCACCAGGUUAUUCCGGAGAGAAUGCCAGAUUGUUCUUAUUUUUUGCAAGGCUUAUGCUCAAACAGUAAUUGUCCAUAUAGACAUGUCAAUGUGAACCCCAAUGCAUCGAUUUGUGAAGGAUUUCUUAGGGGAUAUUGUGCUGAUGGGAAUGAGUGUCGGAAGAAGCACAGCUAUGUCUGUCCUACUUUUGAAGCAACAGGAACCUGUACCGAAGGAUCCAAAUGCAAACUCCAUCACCCCAAAAAACAAAGCAAGGGAAAGAAAAGGAAGAGAUCUGGAGAUCAUAAAAACACCAGAGGGCGCUAUUUUGGUUUUAUUCCUGCUGAUGUUUCUGAAUCUGGGAUGAUGGUUGCUCCAAACCGACAUAAACAAAGUAGUGAAAUUGAAGAGGAACUGUCUGACUACAUCAGCCUUGAUGUUGUCAGUGAAGAAGUCGCAGACACUGAUGAUCUAUCAUUUGAUCCAGCAGUGUUCUGUGAGAAUGAUUCCUUGGAUGAUCUUGAUGAACUCAUUAAACCAGUUCUUCUACUGAAAACAAAGUUCACAUCACAAUCACCUAACUCACAUACAACUGGUGUAGACUUCGGUCGUUUGUUAAUGAGGUAAUUUAGGUAGUAUACAGCUCCCCCUUUUCCCCUUAAUUUUUUUUUUUCCCUUUUGUAUUGAAUGCAUAGCUUAAAUGUAACUAAAAAAAUCAUUACCCCCCUCCCCUUAGUUUCUUUUUGCGGAUUUACCAUUGUACAAUAACAUCUGGAGUAAUAUAGAUACAAAUUUUCUUCUCCCACCUCCUCA